AUGCAGCUCACCGCACUUAUCUCUGUUGCUCUUGUCCUUAUGGGCACUGCCAACGCUCAAAUGUGGAUUCCUUUGAACAUCCCGAUCCCGAAACCGGCACCUGCUCCUGCUCCAGCUCCAGCACAGAACUGCCCGCCGUGCCCAGCAGCGCCAGCCUGCCCACCGCCACCAGCCUGUCCACCAGCGCCAGCAUGCCCCCUCUCGCCAUCCAGUAUCCAAAAGGGCCAGCAAGCCUGCAGCAACGUGUUCCCUGGCUCCGAGCCAGUGUUCAAAGCUGAUGGAAGCCCCAAGGGAUGCGCACCACCUGGUGGCUUCUGCACGAAUCAGCUCAAAUGUUAA